AUGAUGGAAUUAGGAUUUGAAAAUGAUAUUGAUUUAUUAAAUCAAUAUCAAACAAUUCAAUCAAGAAAAACAAAAGAUUAUAAAAAGUUUUUAGAAAUUAAACAAGAGAAUAAGAAUCAACAUUUAGAUAUUAUCUCAUCAUUUUGGGAUGUAAUUGUUAUUACUGCUAUUGAUUCACUUCAAAAGGAAUACUAUGAGCAAGUAUUAAAAGAAAAGAUGAAUCAAAAUCAAAUUCCAUCAUUUAUACCUUACGUUGUAAUUUCUGAUCCAGUUGGUGAAAAAAUAGGUUGUGGUGGUUCAACCCUUUAUGUUUUAAAAACAUUAUCAACAAUAUUUGGUGAUGAUAAAAUUAAAAAUAUGAAAAUAUUAUUAUUACAUGCUGGUGGGUAUAGUAAAAGAUUACCAAAUCAUUCAACAACUGGUAAGAUAUUUGCAUCAAUACCAUGUACACUUGGAAUGGGUGGAAAUAAUAAUAAUAAUAAUGAUGACGAAGAUGAAUCAAAAUUACAAGCAUGUUCAAUGUUAGAAAUUAAAUUAAUAAUAUUAAUUGAUAUACCAAAGAGAAUGAAACCAGGUGUAUUCUUAGCAUGUUCAGAUGAUAUUGAAUUAUUUGAAUCAAAUGAAAUGUCUUUCAAUUCAAGUGAAGAUGGUACAUUCAUUGCAUUAUCUCAACCUGGUACAUUGGAUAUUGGUGUUGGACAUGGUGUUUUCAUUCUUGAUGAUGUUAAUCAGUAUAAACCAAAUCAAUUAAAUUCAUGUAGAAAAUUCAUUCAUAAACCAUCAAAAGAGAAAAUGAAAAAUGAAAAUGCUAUACUUUCAAAUGGUUUAGUUUUAAUGGAUAGUUGUUAUUAUUUCGAUCAUAAAGUUUUUUCAAUUUUAUUAAAUUAUUAUAAUCAAAAUAAUCCAAUUAAUUGUGAAAUUGAUGCAUAUUCUGAUUUUUUACAACCAUUAGGUAAAAGUGCAGAACCAAAUUAUUUUCAAGUUAAAAGUAAUGUUACAAAAUUUUUACCACAUUUACCAAAAGAAAGAGAAAAGAUAUAUAACUUUUUAAAUUCAAAUAAAUGUAAAUUAGAAAUGAUACCAAUGUCACCAUCUGCAUUCAUUCAUAUUGGUACAUGUCAUGAAUAUAUUGAACAUUUUACAAUCAAUUUCCCAAAAUUAGGUUUUAAGAAUUUAAUUUUCUCUGAAAUUGGUAGUGGGAUUAAUAAUAAUAAUAACAAUAAUAGUGUUAUUUUACAUUCAAUAUUAUUAAAUAAUUUAAAUACAAUUAUUAAUGAUAAUAGUGUAAUUGAAUAUUGUAAUUUUAAAGGAAUUAAUAAACUUUCAAUUGGUAAUAGAUGUAUAGUAUCAGAUUUAGAAUUUGAAAAUUCUAAUGAACAGCAACAACAACAGCAACAACAACAGCAACAACAACAACAACAACAACAAACAUUAUCGUCAUCAAAUUAUUCAAUUGAAAUACCAUCAAAUUCAUUCAUUCAAACACUUUCAAUUAGUUGUAAUAGAUAUGUUACAAUAUUCUUUGGUAUUGAUGAUGAUUUAAAAUCAACUACAAAUCCAAAAUUAUUUGGUAUUCCUUUAAAAGAUUAUAAUUUAAAUUCAAUUAAUACUAGUGAUGAUAAUAAUAAUAAUAAUUCACUUUGGAAUGCACCAUUAUUUCCAAUUUCAAAUAUUUCUCCAAAAGAUUCACUUUUAAAAACUUUAAAUAGUUUACAAAAAACAAAACAAACAAACUUUUUUUCAAAUAAUGAACAACAACCCCAACAACAACAACAAUCAUAUUAUUCAAUUGAACAAUGUUUAAAUGAAAAGGAUUUAUCAAAACAAUUUAUUAGAAGAUCAAAUUUAACAAAUGAAAUUUUAAAUUUAAAAAAUAAAAAAUAA